GUGAAUCGCCACAAAUGCACAUUUACUCCAAUGUAUAUUCUCAGAAGCCAUUCCCACCAGAUGAGUCAAGUCAAGUCAAGUCAAGUCACGUCACAUCGUGUCACGUCAAGUCACAGAUGGGGUUGGGCCCAUUUUCUUCAUCAGUCAUGCCGAGUCUGCAGUGGUGUGUACAUCAUGCAGGUUGACGUCCUGAUAAAUUUAGUUCGAGAGCGUCCUGCUAUAUAUGAUCCCAAUGAUCGUAGCCGCCGGGAUCGUGAUGUUAUAGCUGCUCUGUGGAAGGAGGUUGCUGCUGCAUUGAAAUGUAAAGAAGCUGAAUGUAAGGAAAAAUGGCAGCAUCUAAGGAGCAACUUUAUGAGGGAAAAGAGAAAGAUUAGUGCUAAAGCAUCUGGAUCAACUGACAUCCAAUCAAAGAAGUGGGUGUAUUAUGAUGCUAUGGAAUUUCUGAUCCCUCUUGUGACACCACGACCAACAUCCUCAAACGUCUCUACACCUCCUGACGAGGACACCAGCUAUGAUGCGGAAGACACAUCUCACAAUGCUUCAUGUUCUACUAUCCUGGAUGCACCAGAUAAUUCAUCUUAUCAAGAAGCUGCAUAUAAUGUCGACAUCUGUAAGGUCCGCAGUACUGUCAUGCCGACUCUUCCCAUGUCAAAGAAACCUAAAGUCACCAAAAAACGUUACAGCGACAAUGCAGAUGACAUGGAUAUGCGUUUCCUAGAAGAGCUGAAAAAGAUGCGAGAACAAACGUGUUCUACAGAUGACAAUGACCCAGAUCGCCUGUUUCUGUUGAGCCUACUACCUAUGAUGAAACAGCUGUCUCCGGCUGACAACAUUGACAUCAAAAUUGAAAUACAUGAAGCCUUUCGUAGGAGGCUAUUUCCACCCGUCCGCUCUGUCCCCUACGAUUACUGGAAUGAACAAGAUCAAUCACAUACACCAUCACCGUGUACUACCUCCAAUGCGAGUGCUAAUUAUUCUGAGUAAUCUAACCUCUGAGAGGUAAACCUAUAAUUUCAUGUUUCCUAACGUAUGAGUUGUAACUCGCUUGUUGUAAAUGCAGCCUAACAGGAAUAAAUUAAAUCUGUCUUCAUGUUA